AACAUACUCCGAUUUUACACUGAUUUAAGUAAAGUGCGAACUUUUGUUGAAAACAGUUUUAGUUGAUUUUUAACCUUAGCACUGACACCAGAAAGAUUAUUAUUAUUUAGAAAUGGUUUGCGGAAAAGGACGAGAUGGACAUUUUCCUGCGUGUCCAAGUGCCUUUAUGAUGAACAGAGAUCGCCUGAAUAAUCUGAUUGAUUCUAAAAUGCGAGAGCUCGCUGAGUUGCGCUCUCAGCUCGUAAUGUAUAAUGCUGAGGUUACCGAAAGGAGCAAUGCCAUUCCUGAUUAUGCAGAGGUCCAGCGCCACGAUGCCAAUUUGGAUUCGGCUCGAGUAGUGGAACCGUUAUCGCAAUGGUCAUCUCAGAACAGGAAUGAUAAUAUCAAAGGAAUGAGGGACGAAUUAAAAGAAUACGAAGACCUUGUUAACGAGCAGAAACGCGACAUCCAGAAUUGCAAGCGAAAGGUUCGCUCACUUUGCGGAGUCAGGAUUCCAAUUCCGUAUGACUUGGAGGGACUCAUGAUAGACGGUGAAGAUGACCAGUAAAUUUAGGCCAUAAUGAUUAUUCAAUGGUUACUUAUGUGUGUCAACGGUACUGGUUCCUGAAAGUGUGAAAUUAUUCAUUUCCAACUCUGUCUAAAAUUAUUACUAAAAUUGAAUUAUCUAUUUCCUGAUUAACUUUAUAAAGAAUUAUCACUAUCAUUACAACCCUCA